ACAAUUGUUUUCAACAUGAUCGGCUCGCCAAAAACUCAGUUUGCUCUUACAAUUGGUAUUAGUACAUUUUAUUUUCUUGUAGCUAAUGUGUCAUAUUCCUGGAAUGUAGAAUCGUUAAAUAUACCGGAUAACGUUGUAAUAUGGAAAUACGCCGUGUGGAAAAAUCGUGCUUUUCUGGCAAUCCCCAGAGCAAUAAAUGAAGAGAAGGACAGAUAUGUGCCAACUUUAGUGGAAGUUCCUUGGCCGAAAAUUAAUUCGCUAAUGAGUGACGCAAAUAUAGCAACUGUGCCUUUUUCUAAGAAAGGAUCGUCGAAACGUCGUUACACCGCUCUUACGUCCGUAACUGGAUUAGACGUGGAUCCUCGAGGUCGAUUAUGGAUUUUAGACGCACCAGAUAAAAAUGGCUACUGGCCCCAGAUCGUAAUUCAUGAUUUAAAGCGAAACGAUCGAUUGGUAUCAUCCACCACAUUGAUUAAUGUGUCACCGAAACACUUAAAAACUCUCAUAACUGAUCCGUUUGAAAGUCAAUGGGGGUCCUGUGGAUACGUCGCGGAUGCUGGUGACGAAAUGAUCGUUGUUUAUUGUUUAGGAGAAGGAAAAUGGUGGAAAUUGAGAAUGACGCACGGGCCUGAAGUCCCUCGCGUAUAUUCCACCAACCUUGCUAUUUCUCGAAAACAUUCAAUUCUAUACAUGACGGGAUAUCACACACAUGAUCUGUUUAGCAUAAAUUUGGAAAACAUUAGAACCAGUCAAGCACUUUGUCGAACGGACAUACAGAAUGUAACGGUGACAUGGCUAGGGAAUAAACUGGGCUCUUCCGUUGGUCUGUUUUGCGACUCGAAAGAUGGUCUACAUUAUUUUAUGCCUUUAGAUAGAGCCAGUGUACGAUGGGACACCAAAUCUCCUAUAAGCGCGGAGAGCCAUUCGGUCUUGGUACAAAGUAACGACAUUCCAUGUAUAACGGAUUACAUAAUGGACGCGCAAAAAUCCAUAUGGGGUCUGGUGAAUUCCGACUGUUCAGGCGUAACAAAGCCAAAUGUUACGGAAAGGGGCAGACUUAGAUCCAGGACUGUCAGGAUUCCAAAGCAUUCUUCUGCAUCGUAAUUAACGUAACGAUCGUAUUCAUAAAUUUUCAGCGAUUUUUGUAUGACUGUUAUAGUUAAUGCAAUCAACUUAGCAAUCUCCACGACAUUCAUCACAAGCUCUUCGAUAGAAUGCUUCGAUUAGAAAUUUUUUGAAGAAAAUUACACCCACCGAUGUGCGAUGCUCAUUGUUGUAUUUUGCACCGCUCCGCAUUCAUCCAGCCUCCUCAGCAACCAACCGUUGUUCUCUACGUCGAUCUCUUUCUUCAUUCCCUUCGCUUCACUUCAUGCUUCACUUCACUGCGUUCUCGUCACCACGUUCAUUUGAAUGGUACUUAACGAUUUAAUAAGAAAUGAACGAUAAAUUCUAAUAACGCUUUGAGAAUAUGUACGUGAGUCACGAAUCGCAUAAAAAAAAAUCAUAAAUCACGGCGCUUUCGAUGCGGUAGAGAGAUUAACUUCAGCACUUUGCGAAACAACACGCACGAAUAAACAAAACCAUGAACCGAAGAGCGUGCAGCGUGUAAAUACCAAAGUCCAUGUUGUGAUUGACAAAAUCGAGAGGAGAAAGAAGAAAUUUCGUCUCGCAGAGGAUUAUACUCCGUCAAAAAAUUGAGGUUUCCAUUUCACAAGAAUUCUGACUUUUAAAAUAAGUAUAUCUCUAAUGCCGCUAAUGUUAUAAUUUACAUUAUUAUAUUCAAC